AAAGAAAAAAUUGUGACAAAAUUUCGGGCCUGAGAAUAAAACAUGUCCAUGUGCUAGUGAUUGUGUUGUUAUUGUUGUUGUGUGGAUUUUCGCAAUACGAGGAGUGUUGAAAAAUUCUUUUUAUUGUUUAUACGUUUGUUGUUUUUCAACAUCAUCAUCAACAGCAUCGAUCUUAACGUUGUCGUGAUUUUCAUUGUCUAAAGAAAAGUGCCGACAGAAAUCCCCCCGAAUUAAUUUUUGUUAAUCCUAACAAUCAAAGAAAAAAGUACAUAAUAACGUAACGUAACGAAAACAACUAGUGAAUAUUUAUGUAUAAAUGUUUAUACAUAUAUACAUACACCCCUUUAACUAAAGGUUAAAAAUAUAUACAAACAACCAAAUCGCAUUCGACGUACAAACAUCCACGUCCAUAUUUCCAUCCAUAGAUUUAAAAAGAAAAAUCUAAGUGAAACGUGAAAAAAAUUAGUGCGCGUUUUUUUAUAUUUUAGCGUUUGUGUAUUGUUUUGGUGUUUUUGUGUGCGUGUGUGCAUUUGGAAAGUAAAAGAAACAAACUUCAAUAAACAUGUCUGAAAUGGAAGAUGUUAAAGCCGCUGAGGAGCAAACCACUCCAGCCACCGAUGCUACCUCGAAGAAGGAGGAAUUGGUCGGUGAGACCACAGAGGAAUUGCCACCCGAACAAAUUGUCACCGAAACCAUUGACGAGGACGGUGAUGAGGUGGAGGAAAUUACCCAAAUCACCAAGAAAGUCGUUAAGAGGACCAUGAAAAUAACUGAGACUUCAUCGACUACAAAAACUUCCAGUUUAACUGCCCCAGCUAAAUUGUACGGCAAAGAUUUGAGUGAAUAUGAUGAUGUCGAUGUUGAAACAUUAUUGGCUCAAUUGUCGCCCGAGGAAAUUAACAUUUUGGCCAAGGAAGUUGAUCCUGAUGACAACUUCUUGCCCCCCGAUCAACGUUGCAGCUAUGAGUGCACCAAGGACCCCACCGGUCCCUUGAAUCGCAAAAAGCUCAUUGAACACAUCAACAAGCAAGCCAUUGAAACUCCCGAUCAACCAGAGUUUGAACCCUAUGUCAAGGGUACCGUGCGUGGUAAGAAAUGGGUACCACCACCACGUGAUCAACGUGAUGUUGAGGCCGAGGAAAAGAUUGCCAUUGAUUUGGGAGAUGAAUAUGAGAGCGCUUUGAAGGAUGCUACACAAGAAGAAAUUAUUGAUUUGGCAGCUAUAUUGGGUUUCCAUUCAAUGAUGAAUCAAGAUCAAUAUCAUGCUUCGCUGUUGAACAAAGGUCAACCCGUUGGCAUGGGUUGGGAUGGCAUCACCAAGUCGACACAACAAAAAGUCUAUCCCAUGGAUCCACCAAACGAUACAGACGUUGAGGAGUCCAUAAGACGUGUCAAGGAUGAUGAUGAGAAAUUGAUUGAUUUGAAUUUGAAUAACAUCAAGAAUAUUUCCGAGGAAAAAUUGGAACAAUUGAUUAAUGCACUGCCCGGUAAUGAACACUUGGAAGUACUGUCCCUAACAAAUGUCGGUUUAACCGACAAGUUAGCUCUAUUGCUGGCCGAGGCCAUUGAGAAAAGCAAAACCUUGAGAGUAUUAAAUGUCGAAACAAAUUUCAUCAGUCCGCCUGUCAUAGUUAAAUUAGUGCAAGCCCUACUUAAGUGUCGCACCAUUGAGGAAUUCAGAGCCUCGAAUCAGAGAUCACAAGUUUUGGGUAAUAAGAUUGAAAUGGAAAUUACCGAUUUAGUGGAGAAGAACACCUCACUGCUUAGAUUGGGUCUACAUCUUGAAUUCAAUGAUGCCCGUCAUAGAGUUGCUGCACAUUUGCAACGUAACAUUGACAGAAUUGUACGUGUACAAAAACUUAAACCCAAUUUGCCCAAGCUCUUAUUGCCACCGGCCAAUCAGGGCAUGGAUUACAUUGCUCCACCUUCAAUGGAGCUAUCGCCCUCACCCUCGCCAAUACCUCGCGUCGAAUAUGAGGUCGAGGUGGAUCCUGAUAAUAUGGUGGUUCGUGGAAGUCCCAUAACACCAUCACCUUCACCCUCGCCAUCACCUCAACCUCGUGCCGACUAUGAGGUAGAGGUUGAUCCCGACAAUAUGGUUAUACGUGGUGGCGGCGGUAAUAGUGUUUUUGAUUUUGAUUUUGUGGCCUCCUCGAAUGAAGGAUCACGGAGAGUGUCCUCGGCUUCGUCGUCCAUGUCAUCGAUGUCUGCCAUAGCUGCUGCUGCUGCCGCUGAUAUGCCAGCUUAUAAUGAAGAUCUUACCAGCUAUAAAUCCCAUACUAAGAAAAGAUCUUGAUUUACGUCUGCAGUUCAGAUUUUUCAAUAAUCUUCACAGAAAUCCAACAAGAGUUCAGUAAAGAAAAAAAUAUUUAACACAAAAAAAAAUGAAAACUUAAAAAAAUAUAAAUCAUAUAAAGUAAAUAAUAAAAAUGAAAAAAUCACAAACUAUAUUACCAAGAAAACAAAAAAAAAGAAAUACUCCUAAAAUAAAAGAUUAGAAAAUCUCAUUUCUAAAACAGUAAUUUGUAUAAUGACAGAACUUUAUGGUUACCAUAAAGUUAUUAAGGACCCUAAGGCAUUGUGGUCCUUGCAGAAAUGAGAAAAAUUAAUAAAAAUAAGAGAAGAUCACAGGGUCUAUUAUCAAGGAAACAAACAGAAAACGUAACCAAAAACAUAUAUCAACGCUUUAUUUUCUAACUUUAAUUUUAUAUAUAAAAUAAAACAAUAAUAACUCAAAAAUAAAAUACACUAAUAACACACAAUGAAAUGAAGAAACACUUUCUUCUUUACAUUAUAAGAAAUAAAAAAACACGACACAAGAAGGAAAUAAAAAAAAUAUACCUACGUAUCUCAUCAUUAUUUACUACUCGUAUAAUAAUUAAACCAAAUAUAUGUACCCAUGGAGUAAAUGAUAUAUACAAAAAAAGUCACAUAAGAAAACAUUAGAAGACUUAAGCAACAAAAUAAUGAUUUACUAUAAAAAUAUUAUAAAAGAAAAGCUGCAACGAAUAAAUAACUACAACGACUUCGACAUUAACUUCUAAUCCCAACAAACAUCAUCAUGGUAGUAGUUUCCCCCCAAAAAAAACAAAGUUGAAUUCUUUGAAAACAUAUUUGAAGAAGUCAUACUUUAGACUCCUUCCGCGGGGAUCUUUCUACACAAUGGAUAUUAAUCAUCACGUUUUUGGUUUAUAAAAGUAUCCUAAAAAACUCACUCAAAAGAAACUAAACUGCGAUUUACAUUUCUAAGUAAAUUUUAUUAAAAGAAACACACAAAAAAAUGGAAACAUAAUUACACCUACCUAGUAGUUUAGUCGCCUAGUUGUCCUGAUAUACAAAAACCAACUUAACAUAGUUUCCUUAAUACAAAAUAUCUCGGACCAUCAAAACCAAAUCUACGCCAUAUCAUCGAUAUAAAUAAUAUCUAUGUGGAUUAUAAAAUGAAAUCAAAUUAAAUUUUAAAAACAACAAUCAAUCCCCAGUCUAAUGUGAACAAUACGUGUGCAACGCCUGAAUCAACGUAAAUAAACAACAAAAUACGUUCUAGAAAAUUAUACAACAACAACAUGAUCAGAAAGCAUCCAAAACAACUACAUACGCUCCACCAAAAUUACCAAAAAAAAGAAUCCAAAUAUUUGUUGUUUUGUUGAACCACCACCUAUUUCAAAACCAAUGUAAUCGUAAAAGUGUUCAUUCUUAUUAAUUACCCUGCAGCCUGUGUGUGUGAAAUCAAUCCAAUUACAACAACAACAACUUAAUUUUGUGAAAACUUUAAAGCAACAACUACAACUACCACCAUACACAACGCAUACGGAAUUGUGUGGGAUAACAAAAAAAAUCAUCACCAACCUCCAAUAUCCUAAGUCCCACCAAAUGGAACACAAGACUAAUUGAAAAUCCCAAGAAAAGUCCCCUCAAAACGAUUUUUGUAAAAUCUCUGGACGUCAGCGACGCAUGGGACACUUUGGCAGAAACUAUACAAUUGGCUUUUAUCAAUAGACAUCGAUGGGGAGCAGCGGUUGCGGUGCAUUAACACUCAAAAAUCACAUAAAAUUGUAUACAACAAUUUGUAUUUGUUUUUACAUAUUUCAUUAUGUAUUUUAUAAAAUAAUAUUCAUCCAAAAAGAAAUCAAAAUUGUGCAUACAUAUUUGUUUGUAUGUAUUAUUAGAUAUUUAAAUUUGUUUCUUCUUUUUUCACACAUUUACAAUUGUUGCAAUUUUUGUCAUUUGAAAAAAAUAUAUUUUUCUAAGUUUUAGAAAUUUUUUCAUCAUUUAAAAAAGUUUUUUUUUUAAAGAAAUUAUUGUAAUUUGAAACUUACAAAAUUAAUGUACUAUAUUCAAAACAUUUUAUAUGACUGUAGAAAAUAGUACAUUGUAUUGUUGAAUAUUUUUUGAAAUUGAAUUGUAUAUUUUGUAGUGCUGCUACCCCUACCCUCCUUCCUCCCCACCCUCAUCUUCUCAUUAAUAAAUUGUUGUGUGAAUAACAUUAUACCCUGCUGUUUUGAAAAAAAAAUAUUCAUUUAUUUUGAACUAAUCAUAAAAUUACAAUUGUAUGUGCAUAUUUUAGCUCUGGAAACAAUUGGUCCUUUUUAUAUGAUUUCUUCGAGAAACAUAUAUUGAAAAGGGAUUUGCCAUGAGCUGGGAAAUGCAAUUCGUUCAAAAUUAAUGCAAUAUUAAAAAAACAAAGCAAAUGGAUAAUUCCCUUGUGUUGUUUACCAAUUGAUGUGUUGUAUGAUGUGAUUUUUUGUUAUUUUGAAACAUUGUUGUAAUUUUUUUUU